ACAGACAUUUUGCAGACAAGACUAGGUUAGUGAUCCCCGAUAAGGCAGUUUCAUUGCAGUGAGCCAUUUUUUGAACAUGGGACCUCGCGAUAUUGCAGCCACUCUUUUUUGUGUUUUCAUUUCCGUGGCAAUUGCACGCGGAUCGGGCGAGGCGGGAUCCCACCAAAGCGAAGAUCUGACUGGUCGGUUGCUGAUGACGAUUCAGAAGCUGGAAGGUCGAGUGAGGGAGCUGGAAGCCGCCGCCAUUCAAGAACGAAAAGAGGCGAGUGAAAUGAGGGCAGAGAUCCAUGCUUUAUCUGAGAAGUGCGACUCGCAAAUACACGAACAUGUAGGACUGACAAAACGUCAAGGAUCAACUCAUAAUGCUUUCUAUGCUUACAUGAACAACAACCUGCAGUAUCCUCACCCGGAUACCACUUUCGUUUUCGAUAACAUCCGGACUAACGUCGGUUCCGGUUACAGUAACACCUCGGGUGUUUUCACAGCCCCUCAUGCCGGGACUUACGUGUUUACCUGGACUAUCACUGUUGACUCUAACUCUUAUGUUUUCUCGGAGCUCACCGUAAACUCUGUUGCACUUGGAAACGUAAUCACGGACAGUCAACAGAACAGUGAGUACCACAUGACAACGGGGGUGGUGGUGGCCCAGUUGAAUAACGGAGACAUCGUCAGGGUGCGCUCUCGGCCGGGAAUCAACAUACACGGUAGUAUACUCAGCGCAGGCUCACAUCGAUCUUCCUUUUCCGGUUGGCAGCUCUACUAAAUUCUACUUCCGGUUUUCAUUUUGACAGAUUUUUAUUCUAUUUGAAGUUUUGUGAAAUUCUUAAUUAUACAAUGUAUGCUUGUUCUCGUUACAUUUGUUGAGACUGAUAUCUGAAUGCAAUCUU